AUGAGAAGCCUGCUACAGCAGAGGCAGAGGCAACAGCAGCAGAGGCAACAGCAGCAGAGGCAGCAGCAGCAGAGGCAGCAGCAGCAGAGGCAGCAGCUGUCAAAAGGACAAGAACGCCCUCAGCAGGCGUUUAGAGCUGGCGUUGCCUCAUUGGAUGCUGUCGUUAAGGGCAUGUGCUGUAGACCUCAACAGCAUGUGGGGGGGAGGCAGCGGGCUUUGAGAACCUUCCAGCAGCAGCGGAUCGGACUGCAAGAAGAGCAACAGCUACGGCGGAAGACAGCGGCCUCCCCUUUGGAAGGACUUAUUCUCAAGAGAGGAAAUGCGUGGCCAUACACGUGGACAGUGCGUGCAGUGCGGCUGGCGCCUCCCCUGCUCCUGUACUAUGCAGCGGAGGGCUCUGCGAGAUCUAUGUGGUGGCGAUCAUCUCCGUCAGGAAGCGCAGCACCAGCACGUCCGCCGCGGGGUUCCUUGCGGUUAAGCAGUCGCAGUCUUGUGUUGCAUCCCCCCUUCCCACUGGACUGUCUGGGGAGACAAGCGGCCUUCUUUGUUGCAGUGAUUGCGGACGCCGCUACUACCCCGUUGUGUUGCCCCAGCUGCGAGCCGCUCGAAGAUUCUGGAGCUGUUUCAAAAGCGGGGGCAAGGCCCCUCGAGCUCCGGAGGCCUGCUGCACUCUCGGGUGUCUUGUUGGACCUUGAGGGAGACUGGCAUGCCGAGUCGCAAGCCGCAGCGACGGCGGCUUUGGAGGACGAGGCUGCACUGCGAGAAGCAGCAGCAGCAGUGUCAAGAGAGGCGUCUGCCGUUCUCGCGGACGCUUUGACGCGUGCGUUUCAAGCGGCGGGAAGCCCGAAGUUUCUUUUCGCCUUCCGCAGCCUAAAGGAACAGCAGACGUGGGCAGCUGCCCUGGUGGCAGCUACAGCUGCUGCUGGAGGCACUGCCGCUUUCGGGGGUGCCCUCGGGGAAGCAGCUGGAGAACCCUCUUUAGACGCCAGACACCUCAGCCCACAAGGCGCAGUCUCGGGGAAAGCACCAGCAGCAGGAGCAGCAGAGGCAGGGCGCUCGUCUGGCAGCAUUUCGAGGGCAGCAGCGCGGUGUAGGGCCUCUAGCAGCUCGAGUGUUCCUUCUGACGCCUCGUCUCUUCAUAAUCAGUCGCUGUUCGCUCCCACAGCAGCAGCAGCAGCAGCGCCAUCUCCCCGAGCGUCGGAAGAAGCCCUCGCUUCGACGCAGUACAUAGCCGCACCAGAAUGCUGCUGGAGCAGCACCCGAUGCACUGCCUCAGCAGGCCCGACCCCGCCGAUUUCCUCGAAGGCUUUCAGACGACUUCCAGAUCCCGUCCGUAGCAAGACUGCCGCCACGCGGGAAAGCAGCUGGUGCUCCUCUUCUCCCCGAACAGAGCAGCCGCUCCAGCGAGACGCCUCCACCGCCUUACACUACCACGAGCUGCCACACCCUCACGAACCCAGACAACAACAGCCCAGCUGUCUGGACGCGCUCUUGUUUUUAUUGGAGCACCAGCAGCAGCACUUGCUGCAGCACCAUACGCAGCAGGAUCCAGAGGCACGGGGGGAACCCCAGAGGAUAGAGCUACUAGGAGGCGCUAUCGAGGCGGUCCGACAAGGCAUUCGCCGCCACAAGGAACAACAGCAACAGCAAGAAUGGGGGCUUCUUCCCAUCACUGCUGACAGGGAGCUGGUGCAGGCGUUGGUAGACGUUCAACACGCACUUGUUCCUGAAGAAAACUACGCCGCUUCUGCUCCGCAUCCUCCUACUCCGAGUUCGGCUCCUGGCGCCACGGCGGCAGCGCCCCCCGUCAGAGCGACUCCUGAGGCACCCUCAACUGCUGCCAUGGAGGCAGCUGCCCAAGAUGCCGUUUUUGCAGCGGCUGCUUCUGCAAGCGCCCUCGCUGUAAGUAAUACUUCCUGCAGAAACACCACAGCACCAGCAGGGAGGCAGGUUACGGGGACUGUCGAUGAAGCGGCAGCUCCCACCAAUGCAGCCUUGGCACCUACGACGGCUCCAGCAGGCGUAGCGGCAAGUGACGAAGCCCCCCUUCCUGACGCUUCCAUACGCACAGAUUCUAGUGCCACGGAUGGACGAGAGGACGUCGCCCAUAUAGCGUCAGCAGCCGCUGUAGAUGGCGAGGCUGACACAGCAGAAGGCACAGCAGAUACAGCACCGGCCUCCAAACCGCCUUUGACCGGUGCUAUUGGGAGAGACCUGCCACAGGGGAAACAAGACUCCAGUGUCUCUAAGCACAGCAGCAAGUCGCUAACAACUCCACAUUAUUCGAAGGGGGCGCGUGAGGUGUGGCGAACAGAAUCGGCGGAUGAGGAGCUGCUGCAUCCCGUGUCUAGGGCGACUCCCUCUCCGGGUUGCUCUUCUUUGCUCACGGAAACAUGCGCAGCAGCAGGGCCUCGACCACGACCUCGAGCAGACGAAACUUUUGCAUGUGCACCGGCAAACGCUUCUGCAGGACCAGUGGUGGCUAUGGAGUGGCAAGCAGGGCGGGGAGAAACAGCGCAAUGCUACAGAGAUGCGCACGCCACGCACCCGAAGCAGAUUCUCCGAUCUGUCACUGGCCGAUUUGGCGUCACAAACGCCAUUGUUGGGGAAGCAGCGGGGGAGGGGGGUCAAGGGGCAGCAGAUCAGGGGUGUACUGUGGGAAAGGCAUGGACAGGUCGGGGGGUAGGGGAGAAGGCCGCUGGCUUUCGAGGGCCGGCACCGUCUCUCCGGCCCGAUGCAAUUGGCUUCCUUUUUUUAGUUCCACUUGUUUUAAACUUUCAGAGAGAAAGAGAAAGACGUUCUUAG